UAGAUGGGCGGGAGGUAACCAGUCCCCUUCCCCUCCCUCGGGGCGGGUUGGCGCAUGCCCCCAAACUCACGGUGCUGAGUGCGGAUGCAGCGCAGUCGUGGCCCGAUAGCCCGCAAGGAGGUGGCACGUCGGUCUGGCUGUCUCGGGCUCCAGCAUGUUCACCUCCUCCCGAAGAGGCUUCUCCAUCGAGGCGCUUGUGGGAACUUCCGCCGAGCCGUUGCUACCCCCCGCGCCAGCCAAGCCCUGUGCUUCACCAGCCUGGGGGGCUGCCCGCCUGCUGGUCCUGGAGCCUCAGGCUCUCCCUGAGCGCGGAGCCAAUGGUCGCCUGGGUCCGCCCCCGCCCGGCUCCCGGGACCUAUGCAGUUGCUGCCCCUGGCUUCUACGAAGCCGCUUGUGGACACCGAGCUUCCCGGGAGAAGUCCAUUCUCCUGAGAGCCUGCUGCUUUGUGGGCCCUUUACUCGAAAGCCCAAAAGGAUCCGGACAGCUUUCUCCCCAUCCCAGCUCCUGCGGCUGGAAAGAACCUUUGAGAAAAACCACUAUGUAGUGGGAGCAGAGAGGAAGCAGCUUGCAAACAGCUUGUGUCUAACGGAAACUCAGGUCAAAGUAUGGUUCCAAAAUCGUCGAACAAAACACAAAAGGCAGAAGAUGGAGGAAUGCCCAACAGCAGAAGAGAAGAGGAAGAAUGGACCGCUCAUGAGUCAGUGGCAAGUGGCUGCUAGGCAGGGCACUGAUGAGGACAUUGAUGUGACAUCUGAGGAUUAAGCAUACUCUUGGGGACUGGAAGGUGCCCUCUCAUGAAAGAAUGCUUGAGGCCUGGCUGUGGGACAAGUUUGAUGGCAGAAGCAAUACCUCUUUGAUGAGGCAGACAAGAGUUUAGGAAUUUUCCAAUAUCUUAACCACUUGGAAUCUGAUUUUGAGACUGACACCCACUCAAGAUUGCUAGGUAAAAAAUUGGAAAAGAUGAAAGUCUUCUUCAGAGCUGAACACAUGCCUGUAAUUCCUUCUGAGAUAGCUGAGGCUUCUGGAUCUCAGGAUCUCUGAGAUACAUGGUGUUAAUCAAGUGUCCAAAUCUGGCACAAUAUGGUGAACCUCCAGUAGCUAGACACCACCAGGUUGCUUAAGCAGCCAAGUGGCAGCUCUGGUUGGAAGCCAAGUAGGAAUUGUUUCAUUACUUGGCUUCCAAGUAGGUCAGUUCCCAUGCUGAUCCGUAGUGGAACUGGGCCUGUGAAUGGCCACUAUACUUUCAUUCUGGCUAUGAUAAGGAGACUGUCUUCAAAAAAAUUUAGUUUUCAUAAGAAAUUUGCAUUGCUAUGAGAGUAUAAGCUAGAGCUCCAGAUAACUACAUUGACGAUAAAAGAUGGAGCUACCUCAUUUAACAGUAAUGAGAAGUACAAAGGUUGGAGUAGUCUAAAAGAGACUGUCAGAGGAAGCUGAUUUCCAGGCCUGGCCCAUUUCUGACCCAUCACCACCUAUCUGAACUAGGUUCUCUCAACCAUGCUUACUUCCCUUCAUUCCAUCAGUCACUUCAGAUUAAGGAGUCAGAAUGAGAAAAGGAGACUUGGAAUCUACUCAGAAAACCCAAUCUUUUUUAACUGGUAUACAAGGAGUAUCCUGGUGUUUCAUUACUUAUGUACAAAGAUACAUUUGGGUAUAUUGGUUAUCUGUAUAUCUAUUGAUUUGUUCAGUUCUGUCUUGUCUCUGUGAUCCAGAGUGUGAGUGUGUGUAUAUAUGAAUGGAUCUGUGAUCCCAUGCCUGAGGUCCUUCUGUUCAUUGUUGCAGAGCCUAUCCCAAAACAUCUUUUCAUCUUGUAUGAUACCUGUCUGUUCUCCCAUACAUCCUCCACAGAGUACUUCUCAAUGUACUUUUGCUAGGUCUUUCAACAUUUCAUAGAUACCAGUGAAACACUUGGGUUGGAUACUCCGUUUUGCUAUACAAUGAGGUUCUGCUCCUUUUCCAAAUAUACAUUUCCUGAAUACUAUCCCUCUUGCAACUUGAAAAUGUGAAAAUACAGCAUGGCCUGUGUACACCAGCCAUCUAUUGAAACAAUUUCCUUGUAACUCUGUUCCCAGCUCUUUGAUUUUAACAGUAUCACCAAGCGAAUGUAUGGAAUUUUAUGCCAGGGAGCUGCAAAACACAUUUUCCCAAUUAUAAUGCAGUCUUCUUCCUGUUAUCGAGUUCUAGGCCUAUCAUAUUUAUAUGUAAUGUCCAUCUCAGAUGUGUACUGAUGGAGUAAGAGAAAGUUUUAAGUUUAAUUGGGAAUACUAUAAGCUUCCCUAUUAUGUCAUUCCCUAAGAUGAGAUGGAUACUAUUCUAAGGCUUAUCCAUUUUCUUGACACAUAGUUAGCACUUGAGUCCCUUCUCAUUCUUUGGUAGCCGCCUAUUGUGUGGGCCAUAACUAAGAAAGCAAGUUUGGAUUUCAUGACAAUAUCAACAUGUUUCUGACAAAUCCCUCUCCUAGGGCUAGUAAGAGUGGUUGCCAAUAAUCCCUCUGUUAUAUACUUCCUUCAGGUUAACAAGGAAAAUGGAAUAAAUCUGCCUUGCCUAUAUGAAUUAUCCCUCACCUAUAUACAAAGUUUGGCCUGUGAAUUUUCAAAGUAAUGCUUGAAUCAGAAGGGAAUAUUUAUUCCAUUUAAUGUAAAAAGUAUCUUGGUGCAUAAAUUGACCAUGUCAUAUCUUUUCUAUGCUGGGAUGAGGAGGGAAGUUUAUUAAGGGGAAAAGGUGAUUUAUAACAAAUAAUCAAAUAUAUCAAAAGAUAUAUUGCUAAGAACCCCCUUACUAGUGGACAUUACUUUCCAAGAGGUUUCAGAUAUAUAUUUUCUACUCUGUUUUUGCCUUAAUUUUUUGAGUAAAAUCUGAAUACUUCGAUUUAGAACUCUUUCUUCCAAUUUGCUAUGAUUGAUAUGUGUCAGGUACAAUUAAUCACUUUUUUGUUAAUCAGAUGCUAUUCCCUUCAUUUCUGCUUGUCUGCUAACAGCUGGAGUGCUCUCUACAUUAGUCAUUUCUCCUUAAUACUCAAUUAAAACCAUGCUGUUUGCAGAAUAUUUUCCCUUAAAAAUAACCCAGCCAUAUUUCCUUAAAGAGAUUAAAACCAAGUUAUUGAUUUCUCCUCUCUCAUCUUGUUAACCAUCUCUUCUAAGGAUAAACAGUUCUGUUAAGGGUAAAAUUCAGUUCUCAAGUCUUAUAUUGUAAUUCUGUUAAGUUUGCUAUUUUAAUACAUUUUAUUGAUAACCUUUGUCAUAUUACUAUCAUUCCUGGAAACUGCCCUCUACCACAUACAACUUGCCUGCCCUGUUAAGAAAAAAACCUACCAAAUAGUGACCAAAUCUGACGACAUAUACAACUUUUGGCUUGUAUUGUCUCCUAUUUUCAUGCCCCAAAGAGGUAGUUAUGUUUCAUUAUCCUUUCUCCAGGACCAUUAUUCUUUUGGUUUUGCUUAUUUUACUCUUUAUCAGUUCAUCAAAAUCUUCCCAUGUUUUUCUGAAUCCUUUGUUAAUAGUCAUUCCUUGCUGUAUAAUUAUAUUAAACAUUCACAUAACAGGUUUUUCAACUAUAUUUCAAAUCUAUUUCCAUUUCUAGUUCUUUGUUACAACAUUGCUACUGUGAAUAUUUUAGAAUAUACUGGACUUUUCUGUCUUUGAUCUUUUUGAAUUAAUUGAUUCACUACUAGAAUAUAUGAAUAGGCUACCCUGGAAUAACUCCCAAUUAAGAUGUAAGAUAGUUGGAAGUCAACUCCAAAAAUAUUGUAUUAGUGUGCUUUUCUUUUUUAUAUAACUUUUUAUUUUUUAACAUUCACCUUUGCAAAACCUUG